AAGAGGAAAGAGGAUAGCAGCAACUGUACGAAUCCAUCGACAACCCACAACUCAGCAACCGCGUACGUAUACCCAUCAAUUUCAUCAAACCUACGGUGUCGUUAUCUAUCAAAUCGCUCGCAGAUUCAUAAAUUGAUUUUCUGAUCACCUCCAAACCGAUUUAUUCGCACCCUGAAGAGAAGAACGUCACAGCUUACAUUUGCCACUCUCACAGUUAUCGGAAAUAUCAUCGACACAUCCCGAUAAACCGCAAUCAUGGGAAAGGUUCACGGAUCCCUCGCUCGUGCCGGAAAGGUCAAGUCUCAAACACCAAAGGUACGAUUCUUUUGAGACAAUUCUCGACGGAAAGGAUGGAAUUUGGGAUGGGCGAUGCGGUGGCAAGCAAGAACUUAGGAAAUGCUUUUGGGAAUAUGGAAAUGGGAUGGUUGAAAGAAUACAUGAUCUUGGUGAAUCAAGUCAUGCUAACGCAUCAUCUCGAUUAGGUUGAGCCACAAGAGAAGAAGAAGCGCCCUAAGGGACGUGCCGCCAAGAGAGAGAAGUUCACUCGUCGUUUCGUUAACGUUACCAUGACCGGUGGCAAGAGAAAGGUUCGAAAAUACCACGAAUUUUUUGAUACCCGGAUAGUUUGCUAAUACAGAAAAUAGAUGAACCCCAACCCAGGAGCAUAAGUAGCCAGAAAUUGAUGAAUGGAAUACCAGAGGGGCGUUGCUUGUUACUAUACACAAGAAUUUCACCACGAUGGAUUUACGAUUACGAUUCGGUGAAUAGAGAAUAUCUACUUCGAGUUCGGACAGGAAUUCAUCCGUUGGAGGAAAGGCAAUCUUCUUUAAUGGGCAUA